UUCUUAUGGAGUUUUUUCAUUCAUUGGUUUCACUCAUGCAUUUAGAUUUAGAGCUAAGAAAUGGUGGUAUUGAUGAGAAGCUAUGUUAUGUUUGUGUUAGGGAGUAACUAGGAUACAUAUAGAGAUUAAAGGUUCUUUGAGAGGAAUAAUGAUGUUGCGAGACGUAGUUAAUCCUCGAGAACAACUUCUUAUUGAAGACUUUUCGAGCCCGUUGAGUGCUCAAUUUUUUGAAUUAUAUGAUCCUGAAUUAUUCCCAGAAGCACUUCAAAACUCUGAAGUUACUUCUAGUCCUAAUAAUUGUUGCUAUGAAGAGAACUCUUCAUACGCCACCACAAAUCUUCCCUUUGAUCCUGACAUAAACAACCCUCCUAAUAACACCAUAGAAAAAAAUGUCACCACCUCCAGCGCCACCACCACUAUUAACAUUAAUAACCUCUCCAGAAUCUUCGACUCCACAGAAGAAAUCGAUCAGAAUGACAUUUCAGCAUCCAUAAAUUUCACCCCAUCAACUCCAUUUUUAGUCCCACCUUUCCUCAUUUCCCAAGAAGACCAGUUUGAUCUGUCUUCUCUGCAAUCCCAAACUUCGUUAUCAGAAACCGCCCCUCAUGGGCUUUCACAGUACCCUUCUGAGCCUGUUAUAGUCCCUCUCAUGGGCCCUCCACUGCCUUCGGUUUUUGAAGAGGAAUGCUUGUCUUUGAUGCCUUCUUACAUGCCUUUGAGCUCUUCUUCGCCGCCUUGCUCUUUCAUUGAGCACUCAAUAGGACCACACUUGUCAGGAAAUUUGAGCACCGUGUUGUCUGGAGAUAGUUCUGGUGUUUUCAGUGGAAGUAUGUAUAAUUGCAGUGAUUUGCAGAGUCAAGAAUUGGAAUUUGAGGGAGAUAUUGACGGUGGAAUUUUCUGCCCCGACACUCUGCCAAGGAUUUACAACCCUAGUGAGCUGCAGGCACUUAGUAAUGAGAGUCAACAAGGUGUGAAUGGUGGUGGGAGUUCAACUCCUUUGGCUUCUGAUAUCUCAAGUUUGGAGGAUUCAACAUUCAAGGUUGGCAAACUCUCACCUGAAGAUAGGAAGAAGAAGAUACAUAGAUACAUGAAGAAAAGGAAUGAGAGGAAUUUUAGCAAGAAAAUAAAGUAUGCCUGCCGCAAAACACUGGCAGACAGCAGGCCUCGAGUUAGAGGAAGGUUUGCUAAGAACGAUGAAUUCUGUGAGACACCAAGAGAAGGAGGUUAUAGCAAUCAUGAAGAGGACACUGAUGAAGAUUCUCUGCAGGUGGUUGUGAAAGAAGAAGAAUACAUGGUCGAUUCAUCAGAUAUCUUUGCUCAUAUCAGUGGUGUCAAUUCCUUCAAAUGCAACUACUCAAUUCAAUCUUGGAUUUGAUCAGAAUUUUCGACAAUUUUGCAAGAUCCAUUUCAACCAGGACAUUAUAUACCGGUCCUAGAAUAAUAAGAGUUGGAAUAAUUGGGUCAUUUAUGAUUUUUUAGAUAUAUGAUUAAGUCAAUAGUUAUAUAGAAAUUAAAAGUGAAUUUAACUUGUCACUUGUGAUGAGUCAUGUAUAUACUGUACAUUUUACAAAACUCUGGCAUUUGACUUGCUAGAGGGAGGUACAUGUUGAACAAAGUGAGUCUUGGCUGUUAAGGUUAUGUAUGAGUUUUAGCCAAGAUGUUCAUGUACUUAAUAAACAUUAAUGUGUGUAUAUGAUGUAGUUUUGUUGACACAUCUACUUUGCAUUUAUUUGAAAAUAAAGAUGGGAUGCUUU